AUGACUAUCAUAUUCCAGGACAAGAUCAUCUAUAUGCCAUACAUGCCACCUUUCGCGAGGUCUGAGAAGAUGGAGGACUAUACUGCAAGCUGUAAGCCAGUGCAAUGGGAGCAUCGGCACAUCAAGUCCAUGGAUGGCACGAAGAUAGCGAUCUGCAUCGGGUCGAUACCGCAAUCAAGGACGGAGAUGGUCAAUGUUGGCACAAGGAAGCACGUUGUGAUAUGCUACUUCCAGGGAAAUGGUAGCUCACCGCCUCCGCGGCUGCCGCUGCUGUCAAAUGUGCUGAAGUCUGUGCAAGCGCAUCGCGUUAGAUCAGCGACUGACACACAGUACACCAUAGUGGUCUUGGCCUACCGUGGCUACUGGACCUCUGCGGGGCGUGCCUCACAGGCUGGCAUUGAAUUGGACGCUCAAGCUCUGCUGCAAUGGGUAACAACAGAGUACGGCGGUGAUGAUAGUGACUUGCAGAUCGUCCUCUGGGGUCAAAGCAUUGGCGCAGGUAUAGCAUCGACAGCCACGGCGACAUAUGUUUGCAACAGCAAUGUUGUGGCCAAACCUCCCAUUACCGGCCUCGUGCUUGAGACGCCGUUCACGGGCAUCAAGAGCAUGUUACUUGCGCUGUACCCGCAGACAUGGCUGCCUUAUCGAUAUCUUUGGCCGUUCCUAUGGAACUUCUGGGAUAGUGAAGCGGCAUUGAGGCGCAUUGGAGAGAGUGCGAGGCUGCCAAAGGUGCUGCUCUUGCCUGCUACCAGGGAUGAAGUUGUGCCUCCCAGCGAGGUCGACAAGCUGCAGCGGAUAUGCAUUGAGAACGGGCUCGAUACACAACGCAACAACAUCAUGGGCGCUCUUCAUACUGAAGCCACGACCAGAAGGGAGGGGCAGGAGGCUGUUGCGAAGUUCGUGAUCGAAGUUAGUGAUGAAGCUCAUCGUUCAUAA